GAUUCAUGGUCUGUCCUUCAGCCUUACCUAGCAGUGGUUUGUCAGCUGAUUCACGUGGGAUCAGACAUUUUUAACCUCAAGGCUGCAGUUUUUUUUUUAUCAGAAAAUCCUGUCUUCCUUUACAUUAUCAGAUCUGCUGUCUGUCUAGUGCAUUGAUUAACUGUUAAUUUCCAUAGCAACUUCAGGAAGAGGAGAAGGAUAUCAGUGUAAAAUAGGGAGAACAGUCUGUGAAAAGAGCAGGCAUGGAGAGUUAAUAUGUGUGGCGGUCUAGAUGCCUCUCUCAUUGUGCCUGUGUCCAGGGUGAUUCCUGUGUUAUUUAUUUGAAAGGAGUUUCUGGGCCAUUCAUUGGGCUUGCAGUUCGUACUAUAUGUGCUUUACUCUCAACCAUUCAACCUUGCUGUGCUCUCUUGGAGUGGGAAGAUGCUAUUUUCCUUUGUCUAUAUUCACUGGCUUCAGCCUGGUCUUGCCCCUGCCCUUCGUUCUAGUGAAUAAUUCAUGCACACUGACCUCCAGCUGUAGUUAUCUAUCAGCAAACAAGAAGGACAGAAACUCUUUACAAGUACUUUGUGAAGUUUGGCAGUCACUUUUAUCUAAAGCAAAUUACAGUGUAUUCAAAGUCAAUAUUAAUUUCCUGGGAAUCAGACUCAUGGCUUUGGCAUUACUACCGGGAUGAAACAGAUGUAAAGUGGUUAUUAAAUCGCUGUCUCAUUUUUUUAUUAAUAAUGUUACUGACGCAACUAAACCUGUCCUGAAGUUUCUUCAGCAUAUUUUUUUGAAUCACCCUCCGGUCAUUCCUCUUGGUUGAGUUGUGUUGUUCUGACACAUGCUGAGAGACUUUCCCAGUCAGUGUGGGAGGAGAUGUUGUGCAAGGAUUCAGCUGGAGUGCAGACAUGACUUCAUAUUAACUUCAUGGCAUCUCCACAGUCUCUUAACCCUCCUAAAAAAGAAAGAAGAAAGUCAUAAACACCUAGGAUGGCUUGAGGAGUCAAUGGUCCCUGGUGUGACUCAGAAGCCCCAGGAUGAGGAAGAGGGGGAUGAUGAAGAUGAGGAAACCGGUGAGAAGUUUGAGUUUGAUGACAGUGAAGACGAGCAGAAUACAGUGGAGAACUCUGUUCAGAAUAAAGAGUCAGAAAGUACUAAAGGUAGCGCUGCCGCAAAUGCACUUUAUUGUCAAGCUAUGAAGCGUGAUACACACCAUAAUCAGCAAACAGUAAAUGGAGAGACCCCUGCUGGUCUGGAGGACCAAAAUAUCCCCACACAUCCUCACACAACAUACCCAGACAUGGUAGCCAGAAAAUCUCCUGAUGGGAGUUCCGUCUCGGCCGAGUCUCGAGUAGCCGAUGAACAAGCGAGCACUUGGAAAAGAAAUAACAUUUAUGAAGGUUCAGAUUUUGGGCCAGAGGGCCUCUACGCACCUAUACAGAAGUCUCCCCACCACUGGGUUCAGAUAGCCCCAGUUCACUCUCGGGAAUGGUUCAGUGUGGUUUCAGAGCUCACUCUGCGACUGCAUAAAGGAAAAGCUGUUUCUGAAUCAGCUGCAGAUUCACAACCAGAACAACUGAAGGUGAACUCAGCUCCUCCUGCUCACUCAGAGGUCAUCUACGAUGAUGUGCCUUGUGAGAACAACUCGCCCCCAGAUGCAGAGGAUGAUGUGAUCUACGAGGAGGUGCAGAGGUCUGGCGAGUCCGGACUGGUAGACAAUGGCUGGGGUUCGAGUGAGUUUGAGAGUUACGACGAGCAGUCAGACAGCGAGACCAAGCAGCCCACCCGCAAUAAGAUUUCCCCUGACGUACUCCGUCUGAAGCAGCGCUGCGUCCAGACCAAGCGUGAGCUAGCCAUGCGGUUAGGGGCUCGAGAUGUCAGCCAGCUCAAACAAAACUAUGACAUUAAGGUUCAACAGCUAAUGAAAGCAGCUAGGAAUGGCACGAAAGAUGGACUGGAAAAGACCAAAAUAGCCAUGAUGCGCAAAGUGUCCUUCCUGAGUAAAAAAGACUGCACAGAUAACACAGAGGAUGAUUCUGGAUAUCUGGAUGUGACUGUAUCUGAACUCAAACAUCCACCACCUCAACUUUCUCCAAUGCCAGAAGGACUCAGUAGCCAACAGAUUGUCAGGCGUCAUAUUCUUGGCUCUAUCAUCCAGAGUGAAAGAAGCUACUUAGACUCACUCAAGAGGAUCCUGCUGGAAUAUAAGAAGCCUUUGAUGGAGGCGGAGCCCCGGAUCCUGAGCUUGAAGAAGAUCCAGCCCAUUUUUUAUAGGCUGAAGGAGAUCCUGCAGUGUCACUCCAUGUUUCAGAUUGCUCUGGCGUCCCGUGUAGCAGAAUGGGAAAACACUGAGAAAAUCGGAGACCUCUUUGUUGCUUCAUUUUCCAAGUCAAUGGUGCUAGAUGUGUACAGUGACUAUGUCAACAACUUCACCAAUGCUAUGGCUCUUAUCAAGAAAGCUUGUAUGUCCAAGCCAGCAUUCCUGGAGUUUCUCAAGAAGAAGCAGGCUGCCAGUACAGACAGAAUCACUCUUUAUGGCCUGAUGGUCAAACCAAUCCAACGCUUUCCUCAGUUCAUACUCCUCCUGCAGGACAUGCUGAAAAACACCCCUGUGGGGCAUCAGGACAGGCUGCCGCUGCAGCUGGCCCUCACUGAGCUUGAAACUCUCGCCGAGAAGCUGAACGAGCAGAAACGACUGGCCGAGCAGCUCACAGAGAUCCAACAGCUUGCUCGUAGCAUUGGCGACCGCAACCUUAGUAAGCACCUGAACUCUGAUCAGAAGCAGCUGAUUCUGUCUGAGACAUUGAUUGAGACCGUCUAUGGCGAGAAGGGACAAGUCCUCAAGUCUAAGGAGCGCAAAGUCUUCCUCCUGAAUGACAUGCUCGUCUGUGCAAACAUCAAUGUAAAAUACAUUGAAACGGGCAUUGAUAGCAUCUUUGAGGAGCCAAGGGGCCCACCAGAUAUCAGCAGCCUAGUCCCCAUCGGUCCAAAAUACGCAGUUAAGUGGAGCGCCCCCCUGCUACAAGUGCAAGUGGUGGAGGUGGGCCAGGAGACCCCCCAGCGUAAAGACAGCGUCUACCAGCAGAGUGGAAGCAAGCGCCUGAGCUCCACCAACUUUCAAGGAAAGCUGUUUCUGGGACCACCACGGCUGUACCAGGAACUGCAGGAGUUACAGCAUGAUCUUUCUGUGGUAGAGGAAGUCACGUUGUUGGUGGGCACCCUGCAGGGAUCGUACCAGAAUCUCAACACUACGGUGGGGCAGGACUGGUGCAUGGCUCUUCAGAGGCUCAUCCGCAUCAAAGAGGACGAGAUCCAGUGUGCCAACAAGUGCCGUCUACGGCUGAUGGUUCCUGGGAAGCCUGACAAAUCUGGCCGUCCAGUCAGUUUCACAGUGGUCUUCAGUACGCCCAGUCCAAUUAGCAAAAUCUCCUGGGUCAAUCGCCUGCAUCUGGCCAAAAUCGCCCUGAGAGAGGAGAACUUGCCUGGCUGGGUGUGUGUUGAGGAUGAUGAAAAGACUAAGCCUCCAUUCUGGUGCCCGUUACUGGCCUGCCGGGUCCCUGUUUUUACCCCAAAAUUGCAAGAUCUGAAGUUGCAGGCUUCCCUAUAUAACCCGGUCCACUGUGCUCUUCUCGGUUUUUCUGCCGCCAGCACAUCUUUGCCUCAGGGCUACCUCUGGGUGGCUAGUGGGGGUGACGACUCCCACGGGCAGGUGGAGAUUUUCUCCCUUAACCGACCCACUCCACGCUCCGUGAAGAGUUUCUCUCUGGGUUCCCCGGUGCUUUGUCUGGAGUAUAUCCCAGAGCCCAGCACAGAUGAAGAACUGGAGACACAGACCUCUGAAGUUCCUUCCAAGAUCGGCAACACCAUCUGUGUAGGAUUAUCGGAUGGCAACAUCAUGGUUUAUGGAAGUGUGGACACCGCUGCUCAGUGUCUGCUAACAUUCAGUAACCCCGAGGGCUGCCCGGUUCUGUGCCUACAACACUCUGACAACUUUCUUUUCGCCGGACUGAGUAAUGGAAAAGUUGCCAUUUACAACAGAAGGAGUGAAGAUGGGUUGUGGGAUCCAGAUUCCUGCAGACAUGUGGUUAUUGGAUGUGCGCCCAUCCUCAAACUCCUUCGAAUAGACGAGCAUGUGUGGGCCAGCUGUGCCAACCAGGUCUCUGUGAUUGAGGGCUCCUGUCUCAGGACUCAGAGUUUUGAAGUUCAUCCAGACCCUAUGGUUAGUGUGACCCACAUGGUGCGCGCUGGAGGAGGGGUGUGGAUGGCGUUUUCAGAGGGAUCAUCGCUACGUCUGUUUCAUACAGAAACAUUGGAGCACCUCCAAGAGAUCAACAUUUCAACACCCUCUGCAUAUUUGAGCCCUGGUCAAAAAGCUGUGUGUGUAACCAGCCUGCUCAUCUGCCAAGGGCUGCUAUGGGUGGGCACAGCUCAGGGCAUUAUUGUCACCCUGCCAGUGCCCAGACUGGAGGGCAUCCCCAAAAUAACAGGAAAAGGGAUGACCUCACUCAACGCUCACAAUGGCCCUGUUGAAUUCUUGCUGGCCUCCUCCAGCAUUUUAUCCCAAGAUUUCCUGAAGCGAGAUUCUGCCAUGGAGGGUGUGGAUUCAAAUAACGCAGGUGAAGAUAAAGAGGCGACAAAUUCCUCUCAGGAGUCCCUCCAGCAGGCGGAUGGCUCUCCUCAGGGAGAGACCAAAGCCAAAGGGGUGCUGCUGCAGUACCACCUCCGUUCUACCUCUCAGCUCCCAGGAAAACUCCUGACAGCCCUGCCCGAAGAAUCAUCCAACUCGACCCAAGAAUCUCUGGAGCACACCCUAGAGGAUGGCUCCAUCUAUGAGCUGAGCGAUGACCCCGAGGUUUGGGUCAGAGGGCCUGGGCCCUCAUCUAAGGAAUCGGCACGUAGGGAGAAAGUGACUUCGGCCGCCGUUAUAUCCGGUGGAAAAGGGUUCCGUCGACUUGCUAACUCCUCCAACUCCCAUGACUCCAGUGAGAACACACUCAUGGUCUGGCAAUUACCCAUUACAGUUUGAGAAAGUAAUACAUUCUUCAUCCUUUGGCUUUCAUAAGGUGUUUUUGCAGUGAUGGAGGAUUGUUGGAUCAUUGAAGGACUGUAAACCUGUCUUUGUAUGGUUUAUGAGGAUUAUUUAUUCCACUUCUCCUCCAGAAGUUUUUUUGUUUUUUUUAAAGAAAAAUGAGGGGCAAGUUUUAUUUGUGGUAAUCAACAUUAUGUUUGUUGAUUGAGCUGGAAUAUUCCUCAUAAACAACCGCACUGUUCAAUAUUUGUCUGUCAUAAUAAUAGCAUGUGCUCGGUUGGCUAUAUAAUGCAUUACAUCUAAAUAUAAAAUAAUCUCACCUCUUGAAAAUAUCACUAAAUGACUGACACCACCAAAUAAUUGAAUUUUAUUAUAUCACAUCUUGCAUGCGAGGAAUCAGGGUAAGUGUUGUUGUUUUUUCAGAUGUAAUACAUAAAGUAUUCCUUAGUAUGUAUCUGAACAUUGGCUGUGACCCAAUUCUUUCUUUCUUUAAAUGAUAAAAGAUAUUUUUUUAUGCAGCACCACCUGUGCGGUGUGCACAGAAAAGUAAGGUAGUUGAACAUUUGGAGUCUAUUUAAAUGUGUUUUAAUAUUAUUUUAGUGUGAAAUGUGGUAAGGAGAAAUGAAGUCUUCUUGUAGGUACUUGUUUCAUUGUUCGCAGUGUCACUUUGUUAAAAAAAAUAAAUCAUAUUUACUAUGAGUAAA